AUGCCGACGCCACCGGCAGAUGAAUCUGUUGAAGGUGGCGAGCGAGCCGCUGCACGACAACAAGGUGUGGCUUCUCCAGUGCUGCCGAGACAGGGUGUCAGGUCGCUUUCCCCGCGACCGGGUGAGGCUGAUGCCUCCUCCGCGUCAGCUCCGAAGAAGUUUGUUGACUACCGGAUGGAGUCAGCUCCAAGCUGGGACGGUGAGAUGCCGGAGACGAAGUACCGGGAAUACUCCCGGAACCUUCGCCUAUGGUUGGUGGAAGCCAUAGAAAGGCUUCCUGGAAGCCUCAUCGGCAAAAGAAUCAUAGACGGCAUCCCCUUUGGUUCCAGGCUUGCUGCCUUGCUGGCUCACUUGAGCGUGGAGGACAUCACGGCCGAGAUGGGCUAUGAGAAGAUCGUGGCCAUUAUCGAGGAGGCCCAUGAUUAUCUUCGAGAUGCUAAGCUUGAGCAGGCUUUUGACCAGGCCAUCUUCAAGGGACGACGCCGAGCCGAUCAGUCAUUGAGUGGCUUUGUCGCCACGAAGAAGGCGGCGUUUGGCGAGUUGAAGAGACAGGGCCUGGAUCUCCUUGGAAGCUCUGCUGGGAGUCAUUUGUUAGGGCACCUCCUUUUGCGCCAAGGGAACUUCAGUGAGGAUCAAAGACAGCGGAUCAAGGUCUUGACGGAUGGCUCCAUCGACUUCCCGAAGGUGGAGAAGGCCAUCAGGAAGCUGUUCGGUGAAACAGUGGAUGAAGUGUCCGCUGCAGGACCUCGCGGCCGCACCUUCUGGCAGGAGGAGGACGAUGCGAUGGCCGACGACUCCGAGCCCUCUGGCUACUUUGGCGACGAGAUCUACUACUACGAUGAGCCCGAUGCCUUCGAAGAUCUCCUUGAGAUCGACGAGGGAAAUGGAGAAGUGUUCUUGUGCCUGGACGAGCCGCUGCCGGCGGUUCUGGAGGAAGACGAGGCGGUGUCAUAUGCUGGCGAGCUUCUCUCCUUUGUCUACGGCACGGUGACGGAACGCUGGUCAAAGGGCAAGAGCAAAGGCAAAGGCAAGUUCAAGGGGAAGGGCAAAUCCUUUGGAAAGGACCGUCCGGCUUCCGGAAAGGGCUUCGGGAUUUAUGGGACGUAUGCUGAUCAUCGGAAGGCCCUUCAAGAUGCGAGAACGAGCCGUGGAUUUGGCGGUGGAAAGGGCUCUGGUGCUGGUCAGUCGCGGCCCCGCACCUCGAUCCAGGAGCUCCAGAACCGGAGCAGAUGCCACAACUGCAGGCAGAUGGGUCAUUGGUCGAAGGAUUGCCCGCAGAAGCGACGUAUGCCCUCGCCUCAGAACCCUCGACCAGCUGGGGGACCUGCGGCAAAUUCAAGCAGACCUGGAGGUCCCUCUACCAACCUGUUCUUCACUGGGACCCCAAGCCAUCAGCUGGAUGAUGCUGGCCAGGAGUUCCUCAGUGCCUCGUGUAAUGCGACCACCGGUGCCUUUACAGGAUUUUCCAUAGAUCAGGUUGUCACCCCUGAUGCUGUAUCUGCUUCUCGGGACGAUGUGAUCCUGUCCAAGGAGCUGAGCAUGGCAAGUGCCAUUGAACGUGAGCCGCUUUCGCCCGCGGAGGAAUACAUGGUCUCUUUCCUGUCUUACACCUAUGCUAGCUGCGACUCCGAGAAUCUGGGUACCGCUCUAGUGGACACAGCUGCACAACAUGGUUUGAUUGGCCGUGAAACGUUGGCUAGGCACGACCAAUAUCUUCAACAACAUUUUCAGCUUCGGGUGCAGUACUCAGACGAACAGGGCGGUACCGUUCGGGGAGUUUGUGGCUCGGAAGAGAUUACCCAAGUGGCCUACAUUCCGAUUGGCAUUGGGGGUCGUGGUGGAAUUUUACGAGUGCAAGUGGUUCCUGGUGGGGUUCCAUGUUUGAUUCCCGCAUACUUCCUUCACGUGUUGGGAGCUGUGAUCGACAUGUCAAGCUUGCUGAUUGCGUACACUCAGUUGUCAGUUGUGCAGAGCAUGAGCAGGAGACAGUCUGGACAUGUGGCUGUGAACUUGUGUGAGUUUGGACAAGGAUGGUAUGUGCCGGCGUCGUAUGACUUUCUCAAGAGUGAGAUCUGGAAGGUGAAAGGACCGUUCCUGAAGCCAUCCCCUGAGCUCUUUGUGUCCCUCGUUGAUGGAACGUGGCAAACUUUCGAGAUGCCUCCUUCGGUGGCGACGGCGAUUAUGGUCCAGCCCCAGCUGCGUCGAGUUCGUCGUUUGGCGCAGCAACGGGAAGCGCUGCAAAGGAAAGCAUUGGCCCUUCAGCAGCGAGAGCAGGCGCUGUUGGCCGAAGCGGGCGACCAGGAGCAAGUUCCUGAGUCCGGUGUUGCGUGCGAGCCCUACGUGCUCGCAUCCGGAAACAAGGCAUGGCUGCAACAGCGAAUGGGCGCUGUAGAACAAGUGCCAAAGAUGGACAUUGGCAAGCUCAACGAGUGGAACACCAUCAUGGCGUUCCAGCCUCCGAGUUACAAGACUCCGACCGAGAAGGCGCAGGAGAAGUCUGCGGCAAAGGAGGCCAAGCGGACUGGAGUACCCAUGACACCAGUGCCCAGUACCGCGACGAGCUCUGCGAUGCCACAUGUGCAGCUCGAGAGGCUGCCCGGACAUCCUCCUCGCCAAGCUUCGCCUUCGAUCGAGGAGAUGGAGGUGGAACUGGAUGUGCCCUACCACACCUUGCGCCGGGAGAUCGGGACGCCCGACUCGAACGAGCUGGAGGCGUCGGACCGCGAGAAGGACGAGAUGAAUCUGUGGCUGCGCGAGGGGGUGGAGAUGGAGAUGCCGGGACCUUGUCAGAUGUGCACUCUGUGUCACGGGAUGGUGCAUCUCAUGAGGGUGAAGCCCAACAAAUUUGUUUGGGGCUGUCUGGGCGGCGAUCCCAAGUGCUUUUACCGGUGGCAGGACAGCAACAACAUGCCAUUUGCCACAAAUGUGAAGCUGUGUAUGGCGUGCCAGAAGACGGCACUGGUGGAGGACAUGCACCAGGGACGUCGGGCAUAUCGCUGUCCGACCUGCAACGAUCUGACUCUACAUGUCGAAUGGACCCAGGUGAUGACAGAGUUCAAGCAGCGGGGCGGCUACAAUGUGAACUUCGCGAACGAGGAGUUUCAGACCUCGGGACCCAUGGGUGCCUCUCCUGAGCUGCUGAAUAUGGUGGAUGACAAGAGGUCUGUGGUGCACUGCUUCACCGGUCAGUUUGUCAAGGGUGUAGCUCCUGUGCGCAGUCGACCAUGCAUGGGGAAACGAGUGAUCGUUACGAAACCAAGCCCAGGUCUCUGUCAUGUGGUGGACAUCGAUCAUGGUGGCCUCUACGACUAUGACCUCGGCCUGUGUGUGAACGCCUUUGUGAUCCAGGAGUUUACCGAUGACUUUGUCAACUACCUGACGGACACGACCACUGAAACGGUGGAGGUGACCCUGGACAAGGCGAUGAAGAAGCAGUUGCUUGAUGGAAUCGAGCGAGUGAUCCCCGAUCAGGGAUACUUCGACCUCUGGGAAGGCGGCCUUGAUGAAUCUUCUGAUGAGGAUGUGAGGCCGACUGAGGUGUUUGGGGCGAGGUCUCGAAAGGGUGAGCAUCCUGGUCAACCUGUUGGUGCAUGGCUACGGCGACCGGUUCUCCCUCCAAGGCCAACCGAGUUGGGUCUGGGAAAGACCAAGAUGGCUCUGGAAUGGAGUCAGCGGCGUUUCUUGCCAGUGGAUGUUGAGUGCGACAUUGUGGUCCAAACAAUGAGGAGGUUUCGGAGUGAUGUGGUUCACAUGUGGCGUGACUACUAUGGUCAGGCGAUGUAUAUCUCGCUCAAGCCUGCGGCGGCUUUCUUGCCGCAAACUGGGCCAGGCCACCGGUGCGUUCGCUGGACGGUAGUCGAGGUUGCUGAUCGUCAAUGGCGCUGGAUUGAGGAAGGUGCUGUUGGCAAGUGGCACCCGGAGGCGCGGAAACACCGUACGGUGAUCGUGCUGUACUACUGGCCCGAACCUGCUGAGUCCCAGGUCCUUGCCAGUUCCUAUGACCUCACCGAUCGUGAAAAAUCAGAGGUCCUCCGGUGUCACGUGAAUCUUGGUCAUCCAAACAAACGAGAGUUUGCUCGUCUCCUGAAAGCGGCAGGCAGUCGACACGAUGUGGUACAGUAUGUGCUUCGUGAGUUUGAAUGCCCUGGUUGUGUUGUGGAAAAACGACCUCCUACUCGACUCCCUGCAGCUACCCCUCGGUGCUUCGAUUUCAACGUGGUCAUCGGCGUGGACAUCUUGUUCGUGCAUGGUGCAAGCGACCGGGCUGAACACCCAGUGCUAAAUGUGACGUGUGUCGGGACCCUCUACAGUGUCUUCGGCGUGAUCGAUCCCAGGCGCAGGUCGGCUGAGUUAACCUGGAAAGCCUUUAUGACUCUUUGGCUUCGGGUUUUCGGAGCUCCCACGUGUAUCCUCUAUGAUGAAGGGAACGAGUUUGUGGGAAGGGCUUUUCAGGAGGGGCUAGAACAGCAUGGCAUCCGGCCGAUCGAGAUCAACAGACAGGCCCCGUUCGAACUGGGCACCGUGGAACGCCGUGGGGCUAUGUUCAAGGAGGCCUACUAUCGGUCGCGAGAGCUUCGGCAACCUUCUGAUUUUGCCGAGACCGAGAUGCUGAUUUAUGAAGUGAGCUGGGCAAUUCAAACUCUGACCAACCGUUCGGGGUACAGCCCGGCCCAGAGAGUGUUUGGACGACAGCCACAAGUGGCUCUGGACACGCUGGCGGAUGGCGGCGAGUUCAACUUGAGUCCUACUGCGGACAGUGCCUGGCAACGUGCACAUGAGCUUCGGACGGCGGCCAGGAAAGCUCUCAUCGAGAUCGAUGCCAAGUCUCGAGUAGCCCGUGCCAAGCUGGCAAGGCCUAGGCAGGAGAUCAACCGUCUGAAAUUUGAAGAGGGCGAACCAGUGCUGAUCUGGAAGUUGGGGCGCCGUGGCAGUACUGCCAAAGUGGGCCCAUGCUGGGUAGUUCUUCAGAAUGGUCACACGGUUUGGGUGACACGUCGUGGGGAGCUGUGGAAAUGUAAUGUGGCUCAGGUUUUCAAGAUGGGCAACGCUGACCGCGCUGGCUUGGAGGCGAUUCCAUCGGAGCUUCUGCAGGCUAAGGCCAGGCUGAAGUAUGACUCCGAGAAGUUGAUGUACAAGGGUGUGAGCUCCGAGCUGGACCUGCUGGAUGAGGUAAAGUCAGAACCUGAAUCAGUUCAUGCAGAUGAUGGGCCAGGAACAACCACAGAAAUCCCAGUUUCGGAUCCGUUAGUACCCCCUGAUGGAGGAUGUCAAGAUGAUGCAGUUCGUGCAGAUCAUGGACCAGGAACAACCGCAGAAAUCCCAGUUUCGGAUCCCGUGAUCACUAUUGAUAGUUCGUCUAGCUCCAGUUCUGGUGGGUCCAAGUCGUCUAGCUCCAGUUCUGGUGGGUCACAGGGGCAGAUGGAUGAAAGUCCUACGUCAAGCACUUCUUCGAGUAGCUCAUCGACUUCUACUACGCCUCGUGCUCCUUCUGGUCAAGCUGAAUGGCCACCUGCCGGAAGUGGGACGCAGCUUCGCAAGUGGGUUCGGUAUGAUCACAAUCCGAACCGGUACCGGACCUCAAAUAGCCAAGGGCCCAUGUGGAGCGAUGUAGUGCAGCGAAUCACGGUCGACAAUGUUUCAGGCCGAGUGAUCCGUCGAGAGGACAUCAAGGGUGACGAGCGUUCUCGAGAUCUUCAUAAGCCAUUGCCUCGGAGACUGACCUCGCUCAAGACGGUGUUGGUGUACAAGCGUGUGGCUGGUCACCCUGAUCCCGGAGUGCCGCUGACUGAUCCUGAUCGUCCAGAGUUGGACAAUGAGCCGGGAAACGAGGACGAGCGUCUGAUCGACAAGAGGAUCAAGCGAGGCCUUGAUGAUCCUGAUGGUGAAGGUGGCUCAGCUCCUCAAAGAUCCAAGGUGUUUGGGGCCUGGACAGCCGAUAUGGUGACGGAACAUGGAGACCGCUCCAAGUUUCCUCCGAUUGCCAAUCACCGGGACGUGAAGCUGUUUACCCGAGUGUCUGAAAUGGACAUGGUCUACGACCACAGCCAGAUCUACGGGUCUCAUGUGUUUCUUACCAAGAAGAGCGGAAAGGAGCUGAACGAAAAGCACUUCAAUGAACUUGAGCGCCGAAUGUUCGAUGAAGCUAAGGUGAAGGAGAUUACGGUGCUUGAAAAUGGAAGCUCUAUCCGCUUCAUCAAGGAUCCCGCGGAGGUGAAGCGCAUCAGAAAGGAAUUGGGUCACCGAAUCAUGCCUUCGCGAUUUGUGUUGACGAAGAAGGCUCAGGAACUGGGUGAAGAUUGGAAGGCGAAGGCGAGAUGGAUAUUAUUGGGGCACCGUGACCCAGAUGCCCUGGAAAUGGAACGUUUCAGCCCUACCCCCUCGGGACCUACGGUGCAUUUGGCUUUUCAGCUGAUCUCCUCUCUCGGCUUCAAGCUGGUGAUUAUGGAUGUGACCAGUGCCUUCGGCCAAAGUGAUGCUGAGGUUCGUCGUCAAGGACCUCUGUAUGCGAGCAUGCCACCGACUGGCAUACCUGGCAAGGAGCAGUGGAUGCUGGUGGAGAUUCUCACGGCCAUCUAUGGCCUCGUCAAUGCACCUGCGUGCUGGCGUCGGACGGUGAGAAAGGUACUGCUGUCUCUUGGAUAUAAGGAAUCGAUCUAUGAUCCUUGUCUGUUCAUCCUUCACUACAACGCUGAAGAAAGGUCUGCCGGGGCCAAGGUUGGUUGUGCUGGUUUGGUCCUGCUGGAUGUCGACGACUUUGCUCAGGGUGGCGGACCUCGCCAUGAGUCCUUAAUGCUUCAGCUGAAGGAGCGCUUCAGAUUUGGGAAGUGGCGCAUCGUGUUCAAGGGUUUCGCUGAGUACCUUGGGCGGACUGUGAGACAGCUCGAGGACGGUGAAAUCAGGAUUGACAUGAAGCGAUACAUUGAGGAGAAACUACAUCCGGUUCGACUUCCUCGUGAACGAGUCCGUCUAGGCGAUGAUGCCGAGCUGACCGAGCAGGAGACAACGAUGCUGCGGGGAGCUGGCGGCAGUCUUCUUUGGAUUGGUAAGGAGGCUCGUCCGGAUGUCGCCGGAGCUUGCUCGAUGGCUAUGUCUUGGGGCAGUGGGCCUCCCAAGAUUUCACAUGUGAAACAAGUGAACAAAACGAUUGCCGAGCUCAAGCGUACGAGUGAUUGCUAUAUCCGCAUACUCCCGAUUCCUUUGGAGUCUGGGAUGUGGGCCGCGGUGAGUGACGCUUCGGUGGCUAACGAUUCGGAGAAAUCUCAGGGCGGCUUUGUGAUUACCUUUGUGGAGAAGACGAUUCGGGACGGCAUCCUUGCAAGGUUCAGCAUAAACAGUUGGAAGUCGCAUCGUCUGCGACGUGUGGUGAAAGCUUCAUUAGGAUCGGAAGCUCUUGCAAUGGAUGAUAGCCUUGGGGAAUUGGAAUGGCUUCGUGCAAUGUAUGCAGAAUCCUGUGUACCCGACUCAACAGUCUGUGAUGGCAGCCGAUUUGGACCAGAUCUGGACUCCGUGGUGAUUGCUCGUCAGCGAGACGAGGAGGAGAGCAUCAUGAUCACCGAUGCCCGAGCACUGUAUGAUCUGUUUCAUCGACGAAGCGGUGCAGCCGGCUUGUGCCGGAGGGCUCAGAUCGAUGUGUCGGUCAUGGCUGCCUCAGCAGAACUUCUUCGAGCUUCAGUGUACUGGGUCCCUGGCAUCUACAUGUUAGCUGACUGUCUGACCAAGAGGGUCGGAAAUUCCACCUUAAUGCGAAAGGUCAUGCUGAGCGGAACCUUCGCAUUGCAGCCAGGGCCUCUCCAAGAGCUUAUCAACACAGCCUCAGAUGCACCCCCUGAUGGAUGUGAUACCAACGAUAAUCAGCCUGAGUCUGUGUGA